AUGGGCAUUAUUUUAUUAAAAAGUAAAAUGCUUGGCAAUGUUUUAAGGACUUUAACGGACUUUGGUGCCGUGAAAAUGGUGAUAAUUGUGCGGACUGAUCUUAACAUGGGCAGGGGCAAAAUUGCCUCACAAGCUGCCCAUGCAGCAGUUUUGUUGUACCAAUCUGCUAUAGACGAUUGUAAUCCACACUUAAAAAGUUGGAUGCGAUAUGGGCAACCCAAAAUAGUUUUAAAAGUGGAUAAAGAUGCACACAACACUUUGGAGAAUUUGUACAAAACAGCACACGCAAAUAAUUUAAAUGUUACCAAGGUGUGUGAUGCAGGAAAGACACAAUUGGAUAGUGGUACUUUAACUGCAGUAGGAAUUGGACCAAACAAAACUGAGGAUAUUGAUCAAAUUACAAAGGACCUGAAAUUGUUAUAACUAUUACUAUUUGUUGCAUUAUUAGGGUAAAAAAACAUCUGUUAAGUUAUAUGAUUUAUUUUAUAAAUUUGUUUUAUUACAAUAAUAAUUAUACUUUUUAAAGCAGG